AUGGUCCAGAAGUUGACCAGAGGCUGUCCCAGUCUGCUCUACGUGAACCUCUCCUGCACCAACGUCACAAACCAGGCGCUCAGAGAACUCUGGAGAAACUGCUUAAAUCUCCAGUACCUCAGUGUGGCUUACUGCUCCGGUUUCACAGACCAGGGUUUUCUUCACCUCACGACUGGACGCGGAUGUCGGAAUCUGGUCCACCUCAACUUGUCCGGCUGCACUCAGAUGACGGUGAGUGGAUUCCGAUACAUCUCCGCUGGAUGCCCCUCUCUCAAAGAAAUAGUGAUCAAUGACAUGCCCACACUGUCCGACAGCUGCGUGUUGGCUCUUUUGUCCGGGUGUCACAGUAUUUCCACUGUGUGUCUGUUGGAUGCACCCAAUCUUUCCGACAUCGCUCUCACCGCCGUUGCAGAUGUGGCCAAGCUGCGGUCCUUCAAUAUUGAGGGGAAUAACCAGGUAUCGGAGGUGAGCUGGAAGGCCCUGUGCAGCCGCUCCGGGGGGCUUCGCAGACUCCACGCCGCUGAGUGCUACAGACUGAACGACAGCAGUCUGAAACAUGUCGGGACGCUCCGGCACCUGCUGCACCUCGACAUCUCCAUGUGCUGCAAUGUGGGGAACGCAGGGAUCAAGCACCUGACCGAGGGCGAGUCGGCUGCUAAACUCCGAGAGCUGAAUAUAAGUCACUGUAGUCGUGUCACGGAUUCAGCUGUGGAGAAGAUCGCUCUGAGAAUGAGUCAGCUUUACCAUCUGAACCUGAGUCACUGUGCACGCCUAAGCGACAGAGCCCUGGAGGCCCUCAGUGACAGCUCCAUCCGCUCUCUGGACAUCAGCGGCUGCAGCAUCCAGGACCAGGGCCUGGCUGCUUUGGAGAGGGUCCACUUGAGGAAGAUCGUUCUGGCUGAGUGCAUCUGUGUCACUGAUGUUGGCAUUGAGAACCUCUGCAGGAAUGUCAAAUAUUUAGAGGACGUUGACAUCUCACAUUGUACAGCUCUGACGGACCGGGCCGUUAGAACGCUGUUCUUCUACUGCAGAGGCCUGACUGCACUGAAGAUGGCCGCCUGCAGACAGAUGACAGAUAUGGCCAUCCACUACUUGACCACAGGAGCUCCGUACCUCAGGCAUCUGGACGUGAGCGGCUGUAUUCAUUUGACCGAUCGCAGCGUCCACCACUUGGAAAGAAUCUGUCCUCCUCUGUGCUCUAUUUCAAUGGACUGCUGCAGGGGUAUCUCCAGGUCGGCAGCACUGAGACUAGAGCCCUUUGUGGAUCACUGGGAGCACAGCCACGACAAUCCCAGACACUGGAUGAGCGUGAAGGGCCCGCCGCUUGUGGUUCACCCGGUUAAGACUGAAGGGAAAGGGGAAGACAAGGACAGCUCGCCACGCAGAAGAGCAGCCAGUACCUAA